CGAUGACAUGGGCGAGUGUGGUUCGUUGUGUUAGAAAAGGCUGAAAGAAGAGAUGGUGCACAUGGACUCUUGGUGCAUUUUACAUUGCCAGUUUGGCCACACAGUAUAUCCAUAACAGACAGUAACAUGCAAGACAAUUAGAUGUUGUCAGGACUUUGACCUUCAUCCUGGACAACCUAAAAACUUUCAACAGCCAUCUAUAUACAGUCAGUGCACUACUUUUACUUCUCGCUCAGCCUUUCAGGUGCUACUAGCUGGCAUUAGGAUCUCCUCCUGCAUCAGUGCGUGUGUUGAGAGGUGGUCAAUCAAACCGUCAGAACAGGCAGCAUGUGUUUGAAGUGACGUGACUUUUCAGACAUGUCACUGGUGGUCACGAUGAUGUUCGUCACUCUUGAAGGUGGUCAUGCGGAUUCAUGUCAACAGACUCAACACGGGCUCAGUUCAUUCACUCCUGCACUGCUCGUUUGUAUUUUUAUAGGCAAGUGUACUGUUUGAAAUUCACUCUUGUAUUUGCGGACUGCAAGAGACAGUGAAGAUGCAACUGGGCAGAAAGUAGUUAGAUCAAACAAGAGCUAAUAACCAAGUGUAGAUAAACAGUUUAUCUACUCUGUAAUAACGUAUAACGAUCGUUGCUGCUGUUUGAAUAGUCGACUAGUCAACACGUUGUGUUCCUGGUGCACGUGUCUCGUAUCACUCAGGACUGGCAGUACACUUGACCUUGGAAAGGCUUUCAGCCACGUGCCGGUUUGCUACCUGGUCAACUUAUAAACUUAUAUUGUGUAGCUACAUGUAGUGGAUUGAACAGCCGCCACAGCAGUUGAGAUGGUGCAGAGCCUGGAAGUGACGCGGCUGCAUUAUGCCGUGAAGGAGGCCGACUCCAAGCAGAAGUUGAUGAGGAAACUGGUUGGUCUGGGUUGCACAUGUUCAGCGGAGGACGAGAAGUGGCGAACAAUUCUGGAUGGCGUGUCAUUGCAGGUGAAGCGUGGUGAAGUCAUGGCUAUCAUGGGGAACUCUGGCUGUGGUAAGACAUCUCUACUGGAUAUCAUUGCUUGUCGUCAGGACACUGGCAGCUCCGUUACCCUCAGUGGUGAUGUACUGAUCGAUGGUAAAGCGCGCACCCUGGAAAUGGUUCGCAGCUCCGUUGGCUAUGUGCGGCAGGACGAUCGCUUAAUUGCUCAGCUGACGGUGCGCGAGACGCUGGAGUUCGUUGCUGCCUUACGUUUGCCGGCCGAUAUGCUUUGGUCGGACAAGUCGGCUUGGGUGGAGAGGGUCAUCCAGGAGCUUGCACUCUGGCAUGUGGUGGACCAGCCAGUCGGCAGCGUGGAGAAACGUGGCAUCUCCGGUGGCGAACGACGGCGAGUGAGCAUCGGUGUGCAGAUGCUGCUCAACCCUGAGCUGCUGCUCUUGGACGAGCCAACGUCCGGCCUGGAUGCAUUCAACGCUGCACAGCUGACGGAGCUGCUGCAUCAACUGUCGCGCUCCGGCCGUAUCAUACUGAUGACCGUGCACCAGCCACGUGCUGCUAUCUUUCAUAGAUUUGACAAGCUGAUGCUGCUCUCGGCUGGUGGACGUACUGUGUACUGUGGAGAGAGCAAGAAGACUGUCCUGGACUACUUCAGCUCCGUUGGAUACGCAUGCCCAAAGCUUAAUAAUCCGGCCGAUUACCUUGUAGACAUAUCCACGGUGGACCUACAUUCGGACGAGAAGGAGGCGACCUCAAGACAGCGCGUUGAUCAGCUUGUGGAGGAGUUUCGCCAGAGAACCACCGCAGCCAAUGUGCUGAUGUGGAGCGGGCCUGAGAGUGAUGAAGGCUGCGUGGUGGAGUCAGACACACACAAUGCCGGUGCACAGAAUGCGCUGGCGGCGCAUCGUCACACUGCUGAUGUUCACAUGCUGCCUACUGGCGCUAGUCCAGGUAUGUUCCGCCAGUUCCUCAUCCUCUGCUGGCGUGCCUGGUUGAAGGAGCUACGUAGUGUCGGCUGGCAGUUCCAGCAACUGCUUGCCGCUCUGUGGAUGUCACUAGAGGUCGGUCUUAUCUACUUUGAUAUCGGGCAAGAUCAACGCGGCAUUCGUGAUCGCAUCUCCGUCGUCUACUCGUCGCUAGCAAUUUAUCCGUUUAUGGUAACCCUCGACACAGUAGCCAAGCUGCAUUCGGAACGCCGAUUCUUCUUCUACGAGAUCCAAGACGGCAUGUACAGCUCUGGGCCGUUCUUCUUCUCGAAGCUGCUAUGUGAGCUGCCGUUCAACUUGCUCGCCUGGGUGUGUUUUGUCCCCAUCUUCUACUGGAUGGCCAAUCUGAAGCCGGACAUUCUCAGCUUCGUGUACACCUCACUGUUUGUGCUGCUCGUCGUCUAUGUGUCCCGAUCAGCUGCUCUGGCGAUUGCGACUGGCAUUCACAAGUUCCAGGUUGCUCAGUUUGUUGCCAAUCUCGCAUUCACUAUCAACAUCUUCACAUCCGGCUUCAUUCUCAACCUGACUAGUCUCAACCCUGGUGUGCACUGGACAAGCUACCUGGGAUUCGUACGCUGGGCCAUCCAGGGCAUGGCUGCACUGCAGUUCCGUGACAUCAAGUUUUCCUGCGCCGACGCCGAAUCCAACUCGACGUGCAUACCCACUGGUCAAGAGGCACUGAAGUUCUAUGCCCUGGACGAGUACACGGAGGUGGACAGCUGGUACAUCCUGGGUGGCAUGUUCAUUGCCUGGAAUCUGCUCACCUUGGUCUUUCUCAAGUUCAGAAGCCAGCGACCAGAGCAGAUCUAGGUAUCUGCUAGGUCCAGGCAUGCAUCUGCCUGCACGACAUGGCUCGGUGGAUGGCUGCCACCCGGUGUGCAUAGCAGUGCCUCCGCUCACUCGCGGACCAACUGAUCUCCGUUUCCUGCUACAACAUCGCUGUCUGUGUGUUGUUUGUGUUGACAAAGAAACUACUGCACAUACACCCUGAUCUGUUUUCUCUACUUCUUAUCACCCCUUCCACCUAGUGUCGUAUUUCCAUAUUUUACCUUAUCCCAUGAGCUUUAUGAUAGUAUUUUUAUAACCACAUGUCACGUCAUCACAUUUACUCAAAAGGCUGGCCCUGUAUUUUUCAAUUUUCACCAUUCUAAUCAACCUGUACCAAUGGCGGACAUCCAAAGAAUCCGUUCAAAAAUCACUUGAACACUCCCGAGCUUCUUUUUACCAGCCUGCAUACGUCCUCAUUUUCGAUCGGCGUAUUGAAAACCCAGGACUCCCAGAGCACUGGAUAUUAUACAGUGCUGCCUGAUUGAAAAGAUAUAUUUUUAAUUGAUUUUUCACUGAUGAUAAUGAUGCAGGCUGCACACAACAUCACGUUACAUGUUGUAUGCUUUUAAAACUGUGCCAUACUCCAG